AUGUAUGUCUUCCCUGCCUUUGAUUCAAACUACAAAACUCGUAAGCGAACCUUCAAAUGCUGUCGAGUGUGCCGUACCAAGAGAUUACGUUGUACCAUCCUGUCGAGUGAUUACGAAACAGUUGGAUGUGAUAAUUGUCAAAAAUCCAACAUUUUUUGUGAUUUGAUUGUUUCAAAACCAUCAAAUUCUAAUCAAUCUCAGGGCACUCCGAUCAAUAAUCCUAAAGGUGCAACAUCGUCAUUGCAUACAAUCCCUCCACCAAUUCAAACCCAUCCUCGGCUCUCUCCGCCUACCCAGGCAAGUAGUGCUCCGAGGCCAAUUGAAUACAGUGGAUCUUCGUCCUCAUCGUUGCCCGUUGCUGGUGCCAAAGUACCCAUACCGACUCCCUUGGUCAAUGUUGAUGAUUACGGUGGAUUCCCCAAAUAUCCUUCAACCACCAAUCUUGAUCCAAAUAUAAUUCCAGGAGUUGGAUCACUCCCUAAUACCAAUAUUCCCAAUAGUAAUUUCAACAUAAAUGCAUAUCCAUAUAAUACAAGAGAUAGAGUGCCCCUCAAUGCUGGACAACUGCAACAACAUCAUAUAAACCCUCGUGAUUAUCCAACCAAUUACGAUGUGAGCAAUCAGAUGAUUCAUAAUCCAUAUGAAACAGCAAUUGCUCCAAAAUACAUUGUUCCCCCGGACAGCAUAAUACCUUAUACUAAUGUAGCCGAACAUAGCUACCCAAAUCCAAUACCGAACCCAUCAUUAGGUAUACCUUCGUAUGAUACAAGUAUACCUGAUACAACAUCACCUAGAGUGAUAGCCAAUAAUCCACCAAUGCUAGAUACAAUUAAAAUAACCCCAGAAUCCUUGAAAAGGGAAUUCGGUUUUAAUACGUCAAACAAGAUUCAAAGGCCAAACUUGAAUGAAGAUCAAGAAAAGAAGGAAGUAAUUAGAAGUCCUAGCAUAAAUAUCCAGAGUCCCAAUAUUCCUGUCCAACAACCCCCUUCAUCUACCCCUUCAAAUUAUAUUAGAAACAUUCAGAUGUAUCGAUUCUUGCUAUCAAUUGAUGCAUUCCGUUUGGGUUUAGAUGAUAAAACAACCAAAGAAUUAGCACAACUAUAUUUCUUCAAAAUCAAUAGCGUCUUCCCCAUAAUAUACGAAGAUGAUUUCUGGAAAGAUUUUUCUAAAGGGUUGGUUCCAAAUAUAAUCCUAUAUGCUACUAUCGUUGUGAUUGCAAGAGAUAAGUUGGCUGAGCAAAUCUUCAUCAACAAUGGUGUGUUUCAGAGUAGCACCUUUCAAGUAGAACUUGAAACUUUUUACAAUAAUCUUAUAUUAAAAAUAAGACAACUAUUGCUAGUUUUGCCUGAGUUGGGUGAUGAUAAUAAGUUAGCAAGGUUUAUAUGUCAAUUACUAUUGACCCUUCAUUUCAAUUUCAACAAGUAUGGGAAUGAGCAAAGUUCUCAUGAUCUUACUGAUUGCAUAAACUAUGCUUUUUCAUUGGGAAUACAUUUAAAAUAUGGUACUAUCAAUAGACCUACCCAAGGAAAUGAAACUAUAGUCAGUGUGGAUACGCCUGAAAAGAUAAAAUAUCUCUACAACCUUUGGUGGAUCAUAUUAAUCUUUGAUAGAAUGAAUGCAAUUUUGAAUUCAAAGGCAAUCUUUAUUAAGAAUGAGGACUAUAAUGUUGAUGAAUCAAAAGAUGAAACAAUUCUAAGGUUGAUUAAAAUAUCCAAGUCAAUUGAAAAUAUGUUAACUGAACUAUAUUCUCCUAGUAAUGUAUCUACUAGAGAGAAAGGUACCAUACCAACAGAACAUGUGACGUUUUAUGAGAAUGAAUUCAAAAUUCAUGAUCAAGAUUUUGAUACAAAGUUUAAUGUAUUUAAGAGUAAAACAGUUAUUGAUCACCAAGAGCUGUUUUUACCUAAGCUAUCUAAAUCUGAUUAUCAAGAUAAUAUCCAUUAUUUGUUGGAAAGAUUGAUUAAUAAUGUUAUUAUAUUAGCAAGAAUUAAGAGCCAUGUGGAGGGAAAGUUUAAAGCGAAACCAAACGAUAUAUAUCCCGAAGCAGUGACAAGUGCAGUUAAUACCUUGACCUAUAUACAAUAUUUUGAAGAUCAUGAAGCUUUGAUCAACAUCCCAGUGAUUCCAACCAUUCUCUCGUUGACAUUAUCAGUAUUUUUGAAAUACAAGGCAAGAGGAAUUGCAACCAGAGCAAAUGAUAGUACAUGUAAAACGAGUGCACGAUGGAACAACAAAACGAUAAAUUAUUUCAAUUUUUUCGUUGAGAGGUCAUUAAGAGAACUUGCCAAGUUUGCAAGUAAAUGGUGGUUUGUAGGACAAGUUAUCCAAGAGUCUAGGGCCUUGAGUGAAAAAUUGGAUGCAAAGUUAACAUUCACGCCGCAGGGGAAUAGCUCCAAAAGGAGGAAAUAUAAUACAAAACAAACAAGAGAUAAAUUAAAGAUUCAAUCAUUGUUAUCUGAUGAAGGAGUGAUGGCUACAAACCCAAUUCAACCAACGUUCAUUACAAUAUCAUCACCUACAUAUUAUACAAAAUUACAAGACACUGAAGAAAAUUUAGAUUUUAUUGAAGGAUACGAGGAAAAUGAGGAAGAUGGCAAGAAUGAUAGUGUAUUUGCCACACCGGAAUUUGUGAAUGAUAUCCGUUAUACAAACUUGGUUGCAAUGUCAGAAAUUGCGCCAAUUUCGUUAAGUGGGGAUGAUCAGAGACAAAAAGAUGAUACAGAAAGUGGACAAAAUGUGGAUGUUGCAUGGAACUAG